AUGAAGUCCUGCAUUGCCGCCGUCGGCCUCAUGGCCUCGCUCGCCAGUGCUUCCGCCCACCAGCCCCGCCACUUCCACUGGCGCCGCGACAACUCUACCGCUCCCGCCGGCUACACCACCCUCACCGUCGAGGUCAACGAGGUUGCUACCGUCACCUCUUGCGCCCCUACCAUCACCAACUGCCCUGCUCGCAGCGCCACCCUCUCCGCCUCUGACCUCUCUACCUACAUUGUCACCAACACUGUUGUCCUGACCGAGGUUGUCUGCCCCGUCACCGAGGCCGCCAGCCUUUCCCAGUCUCUGGUUCAGCAGCACUCUACCGGCGGUCUCCAGGGCUCUACCCGCACCGCUCCCGCCAUCACCACCCCUACUGCCGCUCCCACCAUUCCCCUGUCCACCGCCGGUGUCACCAACUCUGCUCAGGACCCUACUGUCACCAGCCCCCCUACCGCUGGCGGCGACGAGGAGGAGGAGGAUGACUGCCCCGCUGAGAAUGGCGAUGUCGAGACCACCGUCACCGGGAUCAUCUCUACCAAGACCCUUACCAUGACCGUCGGCAAGGGCUCCACCGCUUCCGUCAUCACCACCGCCAUCCCCACCACCAUUGAGUCUACCAUCCUCGUCACCAAGCCCACUGGCUCUGCCACCGGUGCCGGCGAGGAGCCCACUACUACCACCACCGCUACCUCCACC